AAUUUUAGAAGUAGACAAUACCAUUCAGUUAACCUUGAAUCUUGCAAUGUUUUUCUGAAUUUAAGUAAUAUCUAUUUCAAUUUUUCUAUCAGUAUACAGCUAAAAAUGAGGAACAGAAGUAACUCAGGGGUCCGCCUGGACUAUUACCAGCGUCAGGUUCACAAAAUCAUUAUGGAACACCAAAAUCAAAUAACGGGCCUAUUCCCACUCAGCACAGACAAUAAUCAUGCCUGGAUAAGAGACAAUGUCUACUGUAUUUUGUCGGUCUGGGGACUCUCCAUGGCCUACAAAAAAAUGGCCGAUCAGGACGAAGAUCGGGCGAAGACCUAUGAGUUGGAACAAACCUGUAUCAAACUGAUGCGGGGAUUGCUCAUGUCUAUGAUGCAACAAAAGGACAAAGUCGAAAAGUUCAAGCAAACUCAGAACCCCUUGGAUUCUCUACAUGCAAAGUACUCCUCUGUGUCUGGCCAGAUUGUUGUGGGAGACAACGAAUGGGGACAUUUGCAAAUCGAUGCCAUUUCUCUGUAUCUCCUGGUUUUGGCUCAAAUGACGGCUUCGGGCUUACAGAUUAUAUUCACUCUCGAUGAGGUAGCAUUUAUUCAGAAUCUGGUUUUUUAUAUUGAGUGUGCCUAUUGCACUCCAGACUAUGGGAUAUGGGAAAGAGGUGACAAGACGAACCAUGGGUUGCCUGAAUUGAAUGCUAGUUCCAUCGGUAUGGCUAAGGCUGCGCUAGAAGCUAUGAAUGAGCUUGAUUUGUUUGGUGCUCGAGGGGGUCCUUACAGUAUUAUUCACGUCCUGGCGGAUGAAGCACAGAAGUGCCAGGCUGUAUUACAGUCGAUGCUACCUAGAGAAUCCAGUUCAAAAGAAAUCGACAGUGGACUAUUAUCUGUGAUUGGUUUUCCAGCUUUUGCUGUGGAUGAUCCAUCCUUAAUUGAAUACACAAGAGAUUGCAUCAUUGAAAAACUUCAAGGUCAAUACGGUUGCAAGAGAUUCUUGAGAGACGGUUAUAAGACUCCCAAAGAGGACCCAAGAAGAUUAUAUUAUGAACCGUGGGAGUUGAGAAUGUUUGAAAAUAUUGAAUGUGAAUGGCCAUUGUUCUUCUGUUAUUUAAUAUUGGAUAAUUGCUUUAGAGGAAAUAAAGAAAUUGCAGCUAAAUACACCAAGCAAAUGGAAGAGAUUAUGAUCAGAACUGAAGAGGGUAUGAGAUUGGUGCCAGAACUGUAUUCAGUUCCCGCAGAGUUUGCAGCAGCAGAAUACAAAGAACCUGGCAGUCAGCAACGUAUACCUUUAGGCCAGUGUCCGUUUCUUUGGGCUCAGUCCUUAUUUAUUGUAGGGAAGUUAUUACAAGAAGGUUUUUUGGCACCCGGAGAACUGGACCCUCUGAACAGGCGAUUGUGUUCUGAGAAAAAACCUGAUGUUGUGGUGCAAGUUGUGAUCUUAGCUGAAGAUAACGAAGUUAAAGAUAAGCUAGCCGAGCAUGAUAUUCAUGUUCAAACUAUAGCGGAUGUUGCCCCGAUUGAAGUACAGCCCGCCAGAGUGCUUUCUCAUUUAUAUACCUAUUUAGGUCGUAACAAAAAACUGGGUUUGUCUGGAAGAAAGUCACGUGAUGUUGGAAUUUUGUCCACUAGUAAACUUUACUCAUUGGGGGAUAAAAUAUUCGCUUUCACUCCUCAGUUCACGGACAUGUCUCAAAAUUACACGGCAACGGAUUACGAACUGAUGAUAGAUAUUUGCAAGGGCGAACUAAACUUUUUGAAGUCGAGUUGGCAGAAUAUGUUGGGCAGGCCAUUGGUGACUAACCUUGACCUCGAAGAGUACUACACCAGCUACGACAUCGCCCUAUUGGCUGACAAAGUGGUUGCACACUUGUCCUUCUUAACAAUGAAUUGGCGAAACAUGCUCGGGAGGCCGACGAUAACUGUUGUUGCUACAAAAAAUCAUUUAGAGGACGGAAAAUUGCCUCUCGCAAUGAUAACAACAAUGAAAAAACUCAACUCUGGUUACAUCAAUGGCACUAGAGUGACACUAGGCAAUCUGAACGAUUUCUUGAGUACAAGUUGUAUAACGAACCUGAAUUUUUUGGGAUGUCACGAGGAUGGGUUACCUGACAAGUUAAAUCCCCAAGUACAGCAAUAUCUGGAAGAGCAUUCUGUCAAAUCUCUAUCAUACAAAUCAUCUUCGUUGAUUGUUUCGAGGACUGGUACGAGAAAUAGACAACUCAAAAGAAAAAUGUCUGUCAGAGGAGCAGUUAAGAAAACCAGAUCUAUCAAUGUUGAUUCUGAUACUUUGGGUAUGGAAAGCAACGAAAGUUUGGAAAGAAGAGGAUCCAUGUUUUUCUCGGCAAGCUCCAUCGACAAGGUUGAUAACCCUUUCAUUCACAGAGAUAAGUUGAGAACUCCUUCCCCCGAAAGAAAAAAAUCAAGUGUGGAAUCGCCAAGGGAAUCACGAAAGGAAUUGCCAAAUAUCAGCAUCACUCGGCAUAGGAAUAUUUCGGAGACGCAGUACGCUGAAACAGAAGUAGAGGAGCUGUUUGCAAUGCUGAGAGAAUCGGACUCUCUGGACGAACAGGGUGACAUCCUCCAAUAUUUGGUGGACUCUCAAGGCUUGAACUUCAACACUGGAAUGCUGGAAAAUGGUAAAAUAGUCACAGUCAAAGACCUCCUGAAGGGUCUCUACGCCAAAGCUUGCCUCCAAAAAAUGUGGGGCCUAGUGAGGCACUCGGCUGGGAUGUUGGGAAAGAGAGUUGAAGACCUUGCCAAAUCUGUUACCGAUUUACUCGUACGGCAAAAACAAAUAACGGUCGGUAUGCCCCCCAAUAACGAGCACACCAUCACUGCUCCAUUGCCCGAAAGUGAUCUGAGACUGCUCAUCCAUGAAGCUUACGGCGAAGACGACAGUACGGCUAUGUUGACGCAAGAACUGCUUUCCUAUCUGGCCAUGUUCAUCAGAACGGAACCACAACUGUUCAUGGAAAUGCUGAGACUGCGAGUGGGACUUAUAAUUCAAGUUAUGGCAACGGAAUUGUCAAGAACUCUCAUUUGCGAUGGAGAUGAAGCAUCGGAACAUCUACUGAACUUGAGUCCUUUUGAAAUGAAGAAUUUGCUGCAUCAUAUUAUCAGCGGAAAGGAGUUCGCUAUAAGCAGUGCCAAAUUGACGUCUUCAGGAGAUGAAGUAAACUGUUGCAGCUCUGGUGUUCACAUAUACAUUCAUCCAGAAAUUAUCCUCAUCGCUGAAGAUGAUUUUGAGUAUUCUGGAACAAUCACCAGAUGUUCUCCAAGCUAUAAUACCAUAGGAAAUGUUACAAUGAAAUGUCAAGGUCUCGACAUAGCAGGGAAAGUUCUUCCUCAAACCUUAACACAAGAAAUGACGUCAGGAGAGCUGAAAUUCGCCUUGGCAGUCGAAACCGUUUUGAAUACAAUACCCCAACCUGAAUACCGACAACUGAUUGUGGAGGCUUUGAUGGUUUUGACAUUGGUUUCAGAACAUAACAUUGCUCCUAAUCUUGGUGGGAUCAUUCAAGUGGAGUUUUUGGUGCAUAAGGCCAAUGAAUUGUUCCUAGAUGAUCAGAUGAAGUGCGAAGGAGACGCCACACUUUGCUGUGCAAAACCGAAAGAUUUCAGAGAAACUUCAAGAACUGGCGGAUUACUCUGUGGCGGAGCUGCAUACAUAUGCCAGCACUUUUAUGACAGCGCGCCCAGUGGUUGCUACGGUACUAUGACCUACAUGACCAGAGCGGUAGCUGUUACUCUAGAGUGUCUUCCCAAGCAUGGGGAAUUAGACUGCACCAUCAGCUGAACUAGGCACAAUUUUACAACAACUCUUUCGACCAUCUAUGAUCGGUUAACAAACGUAGUUCAUGUGCUUUAUUUCAUUAGAUUUCUGAUUUUAUCAGAUUCUGAGUGUUUAUCUUAGUUUGCCAUCUAGAGGUUUCUGAUUCAAAAGAAUACUGAAAAAGUAUUUUAUAAAGUAGAUACUAUCUAAAAAAUUGAAGAAAAUAGUUUGGAAUAUAUUGUCUCUUUACUGCUUGGUUAUGAAGACUUGAAAAGUCUUGUUGUCAUUUUUCUGGCAAUGUGCUUCAUUGGUGAUAAUACCACUAUUUUAAUAAGUGAACAAAUGAUGGAUUUGAGGAUGACUAUAAGAAAGUUAUAUUGCCAUUCAAUGGAUCAUAAUAGUUCAUAUACUGUGAGUUUUUCAAGUUCAGAAAUGAAGUUUUGAUUCUUUAUAAAUGACACUCAUGAGUUUUCUUUAUCUCCAUUAUAGCUCUGAAUGAAAAUUAUUCCUUGAAGGAUGUAUAAAUGAUACCUUGAAAUGUUUCCAUUAUUUUCUGAAUCAAUUCAUUUAUAAUAGUUUUAUGUUGUCAAACAACUGGAAAUGGUUAUGUUAAGAAAUAACAUUUUUUUUUUUUAGUUCAUUUUGCAUUCGAACUGUAAGUUCAAAAAUUGGCAUAGGUCAUAAUAACAGUUGAAAGUUGAGUCCUAGACUGAAAAUGUGGUUAGUUAUAAAAUAUUGUAAAUAUGUAAAUUGAAGUCAAAGUUAAUAAAGAAGCAAGAAAUUUAA